UCUCGCGCUGCGGCUCUGCUCCCGUCCCUACGAGAUCCUUCGAGAUCUUCUCCGCCCCCGCUACCGGCGCCUCCUCUGCGGCCGCUGAGCCGGAGCCGGCCUGCGCUGCGCCCUUGGUUGCGGUCUCCCCGCCAGGACCUAGGCGCUCACGUGGACACCCCCCAGUAGCCCCGGUGCCCCGGUCCACGCGGCCCGCUCUCCACGCGCUCGCCCCGCCGGGGUCCGUGUCCUGUCUCGGCAGCCGGACCCGGGCCCGACCGUAGCCGGCGCCAUGUCGGUGGUGGGCAUAGACCUGGGCUUCCAGAGCUGCUACGUCGCGGUGGCCCGCGCCGGCGGCAUCGAGACCAUCGCGAACGAGUAUAGCGACCGCUGCACGCCGGCUUGCAUUUCUUUUGGUCCUAAGAAUCGUUCAAUUGGAGCAGCGGCUAAAAGCCAGGUAAUUUCCAAUGCAAAGAACACAGUCCAAGGAUUUAAAAGAUUCCAUGGCCGAGCAUUCUCUGAUCCAUUUGUGGAGGCAGAAAAAUCUAACCUUGCAUAUGAUAUCGUGCAGUUGCCCACCGGAUUAACGGGUAUAAAGGUGAUGUAUAUGGAGGAAGAGCGAAAUUUUACCACUGAGCAAGUCACCGCCAUGCUUUUGUCCAAACUGAAGGAGACGGCAGAAAGUGUUCUUAAGAAGCCUGUUGUCGACUGUGUUGUUUCGGUUCCUUGUUUCUAUACUGAUGCAGAAAGACGGUCAGUGAUGGAUGCAACACAGAUCGCCGGUCUCAAUUGCCUGCGAUUGAUGAAUGAAACUACUGCAGUUGCUCUUGCAUAUGGAAUCUACAGGCAAGAUCUUCCUGCCUUAGAAGAGAAAGCAAGAAAUGUAGUUUUUGUAGACAUGGGUCAUUCUGCUUAUCAAGUUUCUGUAUGCGCAUUUAAUAGAGGAAAACUGAAAGUUCUGGCCACUGCAUUUGACACGACACUGGGAGGCAGAAAGUUUGAUGAAGUUUUAGUAAAUCACUUCUGUGAAGAAUUUGGGAAGAAAUACAAGCUAGACAUCAAGUCCAAAAUCCGUGCAUUAUUACGACUCUCUCAGGAGUGUGAGAAACUCAAGAAAUUGAUGAGUGCAAAUGCUUCAGACCUCCCUUUGAGCAUCGAAUGUUUUAUGAAUGAUGUUGAUGUAUCUGGAACUAUGAAUAGAGGCAAAUUUCUGGAGAUGUGUGAUGAUCUCUUAGCUAGAGUAGAGCCACCACUUCGUAGUGUUUUGGAACAAGCCAAAUUAAAGAAGGAAGAUAUUUAUGCAGUGGAGAUAGUUGGUGGUGCUACACGAAUCCCUGCAGUAAAAGAGAAGAUCAGCAAUUUUUUUGGCAAAGAACUCAGCACAACAUUAAAUGCUGAUGAAGCUGUCACUCGAGGCUGUGCGUUGCAGUGUGCAAUCUUAUCGCCUGCUUUCAAAGUCAGAGAAUUUUCUAUCACUGAUGUAGUACCAUAUUCAAUCUCUCUGAGAUGGAAUUCUCCAGCUGAAGAAGGGUCAAGUGACUGCGAAGUCUUUCCAAAAAACCAUGCUGCUCCUUUCUCUAAAGUCCUCACGUUUUAUAGAAAGGAACCUUUUACUCUUGAGGCCUAUUACAGCUUUCCUCGGGAUUUACCCUAUCCAGAUCCUGCUAUAGCUCAGUUUUCAGUUCAGAAAGUCACUCCUCAGUCUGAUGGCUCCAGUUCGAAAGUGAAAGUCAAGGUCCGCGUGAACGUCCAUGGCAUUUUCAGUGUGUCCAGCGCAUCCCUGGUGGAAGUACACAAGUCUGAGGAGAACGAGGAGCCGAUGGAAACAGAUCAGAAUCCGAAGGAAGAAGAGAAGAUGCAAGUGGACCAGGAGGAAGCUCAUACUGAAGAGCAGCAGCAGCAAACACCAGCAGAAAAUAAGGCGGAGUCUGAAGAAAUGGAGACCUCCCAAGCUGGAUCAAAAGACAAAAAGAUGGACCAACCACCCCAGGCCAAGAAGGCAAAAGUGAAGACCAGUACUGUGGACCUGCCAAUUGAGAAUCAGCUGUUAUGGCAGAUAGACAGAGAGAUGCUCAACUUGUACAUUGAAAAUGAGGGUAAGAUGAUCAUGCAGGAUAAACUGGAGAAGGAACGGAACGAUGCUAAGAAUGCAGUGGAAGAAUACGUGUACGAGAUGCGAGACAAGCUUAGUGGGGAAUACGAGAAGUUCGUGAGUGAAGACGAUCGUAACAGUUUUACUUUGAAACUAGAAGAUACUGAGAAUUGGUUGUAUGAGGAAGGAGAAGACCAGCCAAAGCAAGUUUAUGUUGAUAAAUUGGCCGAAUUAAAAAAUCUAGGUCAGCCUAUCAAGUUACGGUUCCAAGAAUCUGAAGAAAGACCAAAAUUAUUUGAAGAACUAGGCAAACAGAUCCAACAGUAUAUGAAAGUAAUCAGCUCUUUCAAAAACAAGGAGGACCAGUACGAGCACCUGGACGCCGCGGACGUGGCGAAGGUGGAGAAAAGCACGAACGAGGCCAUGGAGUGGAUGAACAACAAGCUGAAUCUGCAGAACAAGCAGAGUCCGACCACGGACCCAGUCGUCAAGUCAAAAGAGAUCGAAGCUAAAAUUAAGGAGCUGAUGAGUAUUUGCAGCCCUAUAAUUUCAAAGCCAAAACCCAAAGUGGAACCUCCAAAAGAGGAGCAAAAAAAUGCGGAGCAGAAUGGACCAGUGGAUGGACAAGGAGACAGCCCCGGCCCCCAGGCUGCUGAGCAGGGCACAGACACGGCUGUGCCUUCAGAUUCGGACAAGAAGCUUCCUGACAUGGACAUUGAUUGAUUCCACACCUGUUUAUAUUAAAACAGACUGUUAUAAAGCUUUAAGUUGUCAACUUUGUUCUAAAUAUCAACUAGAGCAAGCGAAUACUGAAGAUUUCUUAGUUUUUAGGGAAUUUUGGGGGAGGGGAUAUGUAUGGAGCAUUUUGACUUCUAAAUAGUUAGAUACAGAAAUUAAGUGCAUUGUAUCUUUUUCAUAAUGGUACUAUUUAGAAGCCCAGUUAGUCUUACUGAGCUUACGCUUCACUCCUUUUAUGUUUAAUCAUGCGUCUACAGGAACAAGUUUAUAUCGGAAAGUUGAGCUAUAGCAAAAGCUAUACCUAGCUAUCAAGCAGACUUUUCAUUGUGACUUAUAUGGCAGGAGCUCUAAUCAUGCUUCAAAAAUCUAUUGUGGAGACUGCCACCACGGCUCCCUGCCUGGCGUGGGGAUGGGGUCGCCCUCUGUUUGAGGGUCAGAGCACAGCGUGGCACAGAGCGACAUAGCAAGAGUAUGCUUUGAGCCUCUUCACACUUCACCCCCUCUUCCACCCCAGUCUCUCCCCCUUCUCCGAAUAAAGGAGCUCCAGUAUAAAUGCCACGUUCUGCUCUUGGGAAAAUAGACCCCCUGACUUAGAGCGAGUUGUUACCUGAGGGUUUUAGACCUCGAGGCUCUUCCUGGAAGUAUGUUCACUAAUACCCCAAGCAUCAAAGUCUCUAAGCAAUUUUCUCUUCAGAAAGUUAGGAUUGGGUAGAUGUACUGUCGGGUACAGGCAUGGUAAAUUUAACUGAGGAAUCGAUCCUUGCUAACUAUGGUGUAAAGAUUUGUACCCUGGCCUGUUUGUUCGAGCGGGAGAUGUUCUGUGUAAAUUCGAGGUAUAGCUUGAACUCCUAGGACAAGUGUUAAAAUUUCUUUUUAGCUCAUUCAGAAUCACUUGUGUGUUAAGUGUUACUGUCUGUCAUGAAUAUGCCAAUUUGUACAUGUUAAACAGCUGACAGAUGAUACAGAAAAUUAAGAUACACUGGAUUGUACUGGAUGAGCCUGAAAUUAGUGUUCAAGAGGUGUGGCGCCCAGCGUUACGCAACACCUGUUCUCGACCGUGCGGCGAUGCCGGGUGUGCCGAGCAUUCCUCUGACUGCUGUCGGGGCGGUGCCGAUAGGAGGGAGGCAUUUUGGAAACUCCAAGGGAAGCCUGUGUAAGAGGCCAGAGCUGGUACCUGCCUUAGGAACUGCUAUGAGCUUUGUUGGUUACAUUUUGGAUCUUUGUAAUAAUUGCUAUUCUGUAUAGCAGAGUGUCUCUCUGUUAAUACUGGCCUACGUUGUUAGAAAUAGGAUUGUAUCUUGCAUAGUUAGAGUAAGUUUCUGUCUAUCUCUACAUGGAAAAGUUUUAGAGUGUCACAAGCUCCAAAAUGCUAUAGAGAACACUUGCUCAGAGGAGGAAGGAGGAAGUAUGUUUAUGUGCUGUAUGAGCAUGGACAGAGGCCUUACGGCGCCAGGACUUGGGCCCUGUUCUUAGAGCAUCCUCUGUUCGUUCUCUACCUGUCACGCUUCGAGAGUUCCAGCUGACCUGCUGCGAGGCCAGAAUCUGUGAAGUGCUGGCUGCAGGAUUAAGCCACCCUUAUGCAACUGACUCAGUCCUUAAUGGCCAUUUCUUCUAAAAAUUUUUUCAUGUGUGUGUGUGGGGAAGGGUAUAGGUGUCGGGAUGGGGGGAACUUGGAGUUAAAACUAGAACUAAGAUGAUGUGGUCUGCUUGCUCCCUGUCCAGACGGGCUUUAAGACCAGUUGGAUCUACAUGGAGGCCAGGCCACAGAGUGACAGUUGAUGGCUUGUGUGUAGACAAGCAUUUAUCCCGGUUGCGUUAUCCAAAUUGGUUUGUUAAAGCUCCAGGUCACGUUCUUACACUAAGAAAAUCAUUCAGUAAACAUGAGAUAAGUUUAGGAGAAACUAAUAAAAGAAAACCUGUCUUACACU